CUGGGGUCUGACGUCAUGACGCAGCCCCGCCCCCCCCCCCCCGGCCCUGGCGCGCAGUUGGGCAUGUUGUCCCGGAGCGGCUGCCGUGCUGUCGCUGGCGGCAUCUUGGCGUCUUUGCCGGGCUGUUGGCGUCGGGCCGCCAUCCACCGCAGCGCCCAGGUGCGGAGGCGCGGCGACUUCUUUAAAGAUCUAGAAAAUGAAUUUGCCAAAUUCAGGAAGAAAGCAAAGGAGGCACUCCCUGGCAGUGACUGGAGCCCCUUGCACCAGACGCCUGGCUUGCCUCCCGAGUGGGCUGAUAUCGUCAUCAUUGGAGGAGGGAUAAUGGGCUGGUCCACUGCAUACUGGUUAAAGAAAAAAGAAGCAGUCCGGGAAGGAGUUCGUGUAGUGGUAGUAGAGAGAGACCCAACUUAUUCCAGAUCCUCCACAGUCCGGGCAGUGGGAGGAAUUCGCCAUCAGUUCUCUCUGCCAGAAAAUAUCCAUCUGUCAAUGCAAUCUGCUCACUUUCUCCGUAAUAUCCAGGAACACCUGAAUGUGGUGAGUGAGGACCCUGUGGAUAUUCACUUUAAUCCAUUAGGAUAUCUCUUUUUAGCUGGGAAGGAGCAGAGUGAUAUCUUGGCAGAAAAUUACCGUAUUCAGAGGAAUGAGGGAGCCGCAGUCACACUCCUAACACCUCAGCAAUUACAGAGGAAAUUCCCAUGGAUCAACACAGAUGGGAUUGCUUUGGCUUCAUACGGUUUGGAGAACGAAGGCUGGUUCGACCCAUGGCUACUGCUGAAUGCAUUCCGUAAGAAGGCCAUCUCAAUGGGCGUGUAUCAGUGUCACGGAGAGGUGGUGGGUUUUCAUCAUUCUACCAGAGACAUGGAGGCAGAUGACGGCAGCAGUAUCUCACUGAAAAGAAUUCACCACGUCAUUGUAAAGAUGCCAAACAGUGUGGAGUGCCAGCCAGUGAAAUGCGCAUUGCUGAUAAAUGCAGCUGGAGCAUGGUCAAGCAAAGUAGCAGAGAUGAUCGGGAUUGGUAGUGGACCCGAAGGCACCUUGGAGGGUACGAAACUCCCUGUUGAACCUAGGAAAAGAUAUGUGUAUGUCUUCCACUGUCCAGACGGUCCAGGACUGGAUUGUCCAUUAGCUAUUGACUGCAGUGGGGUGUACUUCCGCCGAGAAGGUCUGGGUGGAAACUACUUGGCAGGACUUUCGCCGGCUGAGGAAGAAGAACCAGACACCAGUAAUCUGGAAGUGAAUUACGAAUAUUUCCAUGAGGAGGUGUGGCCCAAGCUGGCUCAGAGAGUGCCUGCCUUCCAGUCCCUGAAGUUGAAAAGUGCCUGGGCGGGUUACUACGAUUACAACACCUUUGACCAGAAUGCAGUCAUUGGAAUUCACCCACUGGUUACCAACAUGUUUUUUGCCACUGGCUUCAGUGGGCACGGCCUUCAGCAGUCACCAGCUGUGGGCAGGGCCAUUGCAGAACUCGUUCUUGAUGGAAGAUUCAAAACGCUUGACCUCAGUGCAUUUGAUUUCAUCCGAUUCUACAGAGGCACCAAAGUACUGGAAAAAAAUAUAGUGUGAAUUUAUGAAAUUCAGCUCUGCUGUGGUCAGACUUCCUAAAAGAUGCAUGUUAUUCAGAAUGAAUUUGUUGAAAAUUCAUAAGUUGUUAAACAAACAGAUAAUGAAUCUCUUGGAAUAUGAAUGCUUAGUGCUGUUGAACUGAUGUUAUAAAGAAUUUCACAGGGUUUCUUGUUUUACUAGUAGGACCCACCAGAGAGUGCCUGGCCAUCUCCAAGCUUAAUCAUGUGUGAAAUAAAUCAAUCCUCACAUAGAACAUAAGAUGUGAAAUAUGUAAAAACCUAAUUGCUUUAAAAGAGGAUAUCUACCAUUUACAUAGAACAUAGUACAGUACAGCACAAUACAGGCCCUAUGGCCCACAAUAUUGUGCCGACCUUUAAACCUCACCUAAGACUAUCUAACCCCUUCGUCCCACAUAUCCCUUUAUUUCAAAUUCCUCCAUAUGCUUAUCUAGUAAUUGCAUGAAUUUGACCAAUGUACCUGCCUCCACCACUGCCCCCAGGCAGUGCAUUCCAUACCCCAACCACUUGCUGGGUAAAAAAAACCUUCCUCUAUCUCCCUUGAACUUCCCACAAAUUACUUUAAAGCUAUGCCCUCUUGUAUUAAGCAUUAGUGCUCUAGGGAAGUUUUUCUUCUUUCAGUCACUUUUUACUUUCAGACUGGAGGGAUAGCUGUUCCAAAAGUUUUAUGGCAUCAGAGUCCCUUUAGUUGCCAGAAUUCUAAGCGUUGAAUUAAAAUUUGAGAUCGCUGCCUUUCACCCUUUGUCAUGGUAACUGGCUACUUAAAUCACUGAGCGAAUACAGAUAAAUUGUCCAUAUCUUUUGUUUAUACACUUCAACCAAUUAAUAAGUCACUUUAGAAAAUGCUGUAAAUACUCAGUGAGUCAGGCAGCCAUUUGUGGAGAGGGGAAGGUAGGUUUGUUGUUGAAUAUGACCGUAUGUUGGGUAGGCAAAUAGAAUUUAAUCCAGAGAAGUGCAAGUAAUGUAUUUCUGGAGGUUAAACAAGGCAAGGAAAUAAUAAAUGGUAGGAAUCUGGGACGUAUGCAACAGCAGUGGGAUCUAGGAGUGCAUGUCUGCUGAUGCCUGAAGACAGCAAGGCAGGUGGAUAAAGUCAUUAACGAUGUAAUGGACACUUUCCUUCAAUGGCUGAGGAUAACGAUAUAACAGAGAGGUCCUGUUCAAACAGUAUAAAAUAUGGUUUGGUCAUGGCUCGAGUACUGUGUUUGUCUUUGGCUGCUGUCCUUCAGGAAGGAUGUACUAAGUCCAGAGGAAGCUGAGGGAAGAUGUACAGGAAUGUAGCCAGGGAUGGGAAAAUUCUGUUCUAAGGAAAGUCUGUCUAGACUGAUUGUUUUCUAUGGAACAGAAGAGGAUGAGAGGAAAAUAAAUUGUUUAAAAUUAUGAGGAAUGUAGAGUGGACCUGCCUGGGGGCAGUGGUGGAGGCAGGUACAUUGGUCAAAUUCAUGCGAUUACUAGAUAAACAUAUGGAGUGGAACAACCUACUCUCCUUCUCAAAGAAGCCAUUAAUUCGUGUGUUGUAGCUGCAGGAAGACUGGAUAAUUGUCUCUACGUUCAUAGGGCAGUUGUGGCCCACAUACCCAGAAAUUGACCAAAAUUUGAUAUCCAGAAUGCAGGAGGGAAAAAAAAACAAGGGCUCUACAAAUGUGCAAGCUUUGAGAGGAGAAAGAGAUGUGUGCUACGAUUAAUCAUCUUUUCCUAUCUUCUUGUGGGUUUUAACUAUCUGCGUCUAUAAUAUUUAUAAUAAAUUGGGUUCCUAAUGUCUAGGUCCUUAAGAAACAGUUUGAAAGUGCAAACUGAAGCUGUUAAAAAUCAUUAGAAGAGCUCUUCAGCUAUCCAGAGAGUCACUAUAACAGACACACUGCAUGUCCGAAGGACUGGUUUGUUUACCAAUGGCAUUUCAUGCCAAUUUGCAGUUAGCUUGUUCCGAUAAAGUAAUUCGAGUUGCAGGAUAUGUAUUUUUCCAUCUGAAAGGUAAACCAGUUGUAAAUAUGUAACAUCAUUGAACCUGCCUUUCCACUUAGGAGUUGAAGUCUAACCCUGUAGUAGCUAUUGCAAUUAUACUUGACCACUUCAAAGUUGUGACUUUGAUAUAAUUUUAACACACUCAUAGUGAACUGACACAGAUAGCAGGCAGGAGAGAGCUGAAGCUCUCUUUGCUCAGGCAAGAAGGAGCGUGUGAAAUUUAGUUUGGAUCAAAGGGGGCUACAAUUUCAUCUAUUAACAGCUACAGGGCUGUCCCCAGCUUACAAACAGGUUCUGUUUUUUUACCUCCAUCCAUCAGUCUAUUUUGUCCAUAAAUCAGAAAAUACAUAAAAUCACUAUGGUAACCACAUUUCCACAGUAUUGUAAUGAAUGGUGUUAAUGAGGGCAAAUUAACAUGAACAUUUAUUUGCCUUCCCCUGCCUGGUUACAAUGGCAUAGGAUCAGAAUGUCCCACAUUCAAUGGCUGGUUUUGAUGGGGUUGAAGUGUCAGUGGAUGUUACAGUGUUUAAUAGAGCAUCAUUGCACGUGUAUCAAUGAAAGCGAUUGCUUAUCAAUUUCCAAAGCAACUCUCAAGUGGCCUCCUGCGGUGAAACUGGCAGCCUGUGUUCUUAAGAGACACUGGUGUCUGAUUACUGUGGGGAGGUUACAUGGAAACAUUUUUUUUUGGUUUUAAUUUAAAUUCAGUAAUAUCUCUGGGAGCUUGUUUGUAUGUACGGAGUGUUCAUAAGUCAGGCGUCUGUUACCCGGGAGGGCCUGUACUGGAAUUUACUUAAAAGUAAGAUCCCUCAGCCAUGACAGCACUGCAGUCAGGGAGAGGUGAUUCAGUCAGUCAUCAGCAAGUGAACCACUGAGACGUCAGCUGCAGUGAGUGAAUGGUGACCCGAUGAGUCACCAGAAGUCUUGCAUCAUCAGAUUGUCAGUGGAGCGACCUUCAGUUAUACUGAGCUCAUCUUGUAGAGGGGUAGAGGUAAGAGGAGAUGGUAUUGUAGUGUCAGCUGUCACAUUACGUUUACUGUAAUAUCUCAACCUCAAGUUUUAUCUCCAUCGGAUAAGGAAUUCUGGUCCUUGUUACUACUUUGGUUCCCUAGUCAAGACUUCAGCACAAGCAGUAGCUAUUCAAUUAUUGGUAGCCAGUGAAAGACACCAGUUCUACACAGGGAGGCAUUAGAGUGGAAUGAAAGAACAAAGUUGAAGACAGAACCCCUCAUUCUAUUUUUUAAAGAUGACCACAAGCACCAUCAUCUGCAGGCUACAGAUGAGAGCUGGAGAGUGUCCUUUGGCUGUCACAGACAUAAGAGCCUACUGACUUCCCUCUACGCUGCAGGGUUCAGUGAUUCUUGCAAAUGAUCACAGACCUGAUGAAGGACAGUGAACCCGGCGAUGUUACUACAGGGCAGUUAGAUUAUGGAUUCCAUUAGAGACUUAAAUUAAUAUGGAACUGACCAAAAGUUAAUUACUGGGAAUUAAACAUGGCCCUGGAUGGAUGGCCCCAACGUAGGCUAGUCUGCAAUACCAGAGGAGUGCCAGAAGUUUAAUGAACAGUCUGAAAUCUUUGCUGAACGCAUGCUGCUUGGUUAUUGCCUUGUGAUCAAUGUCCUGGGGUUGGGGGUGGGUGUUCACUGAUUAGUCUUGCAUCAGGUUCAAGUCCUACGUCGCUGUUUCCAUUCACUACACUUCAUGCUGAGUGGAAGCAGUAAUGUGGUCCAAUGAUUGGUGCAGUGGGGGAGCACAGAAGGAAGUCUGAGGGACAAUCAAACCCUUUCCCCUUUGGACAACCGGCACAUUCUCCGCUGGCAAUAAAGUAUCACACAAGAACCAAAUAAAGUGAGACGACGACCCUGGGGGAAAUUGUAGUAAUACGGUGCCAUCUAGUGGCAGUAAGUAAUUUGUUGCCUCAUCAAUUUAAUAAUUCAAAACCCAGGGAAGAACUGAGAGAAAAAAUUGAUUGUAAAAUGCUGCUAAGUUUAUAAUUUUGAAAAUAGAUAUUCACGUGGUAACACUUAACAAAAGGGCACUGCUCUAAGGUUAAACUGCCAUUUUUACUAUAUAAUGUUGGAAUGUAACAUGAAUCAGGGUACUUUGUAUUUUAUUUAAAUAAAUUGCUA